ACCCAGCAUAGCAACGGAAGAAGGGCGUUGAGCCCGCCCGCGCUUCCGGGAGGGCUGCGUUGGUCUGCGUGUGUACGGGUCUCCGCGUGUGUGGCUGUGGUGGCGCGGCCUCUGAAGUUGAGAGGUGCUGGCGUCGCGAGCCUGGAGACCCAAACAUGGCAACCAUGGAAGAAAGCUUCCCCCGUGGGGGUACAAGAAAGACCCACAAAUCAGAGAAAGCUUUCAAGCAGACAGUUGAACAAGACAACUUAUUUGAUAUUUCUACUGAAGAGGAGUCCACCAAAAGGAAAAAAAGCCAGAAAGGGCCAGUAAAAACAAAAAAGUUGAAAAUUGAAAAGAGAGAAAGCAACAAAUCUGCAAGAGAGAAGUUUGAAAUCCUUAGUAUUGAGUCCCUGUGCGAGGGGAUGCGGAUUUUGGGUUGUGUGAAAGAGGUAAAUGAACUGGAACUGGUGAUUAGUCUUCCCAAUGGCCUCCAGGGGUUUGUGCAAGUGACUGAAAUCUGUGAUGCUUACACCAAAAAGCUGAAUGAGCAGGUGGCACAAGAAGAACCUCUGAAGGACCUGGUCCACUUGCCUGAACUCUUCUCUCCCGGGAUGCUGGUGAGAUGUGUUGUGAGCAGUCUGGGCAUCACAGAAAGAGGCAAAAAGAGUGUCAAGCUAUCUCUGAAUCCCAAAAAUGUAAACAAAGUGCUGAGUGCAGAGGCCCUGAAACCUGGCAUGCUACUCACAGGCACUGUGUCCAGUUUGGAAGACCAUGGCUACCUAGUGGACAUUGGUGUUGGUGGGGCCAGAGCUUUUCUGCCACUGCAGAAAGCCCAGGAGUAUAACAGACAGAAGAACAAAGGUGCUAAACUGAAGGUGGGUCAGUACCUGAACUGCAUCAUUGAAGAAGUGAAAGGCAGCGGAGGAGUUGUUACUCUGUCCAUUGAUCAUUCAGAGGUUUCUACUGCCAUUGCCACUGAGGAGCAAAACUGGACCCUUAAUAACUUGCUACCAGGACUGGUGGUUAAAGCCCAGAUACAGAAGGUGACUCCACUUGGCCUUACACUAAACUUCCUCUCAUUCUUCACUGGCCUGGUUGACUUUAUGCACUUGGAUCCCAAGAAAGCUGGAACAUAUUGCUCAAAUCAAGCAGUAAGGGCCUGCGUCCUCUGUGUCCAUCCUCGGACCAGAGUCGUGCGGCUGAGCCUGCGCCCAGUCUUCCUGCAUCCUGGGCGCUCACUCACCCGGCUCACUUGUCAGCACCUGGGAGCUGUCCUAGAUGACGUUCCUGUCCAGAGCUUUUUCAACAAGGCGGGGGCCACUUUCAGGCUGAAGGAUGGGUCUCUGGCGUAUGCCCGGCUCAGCCAUCUCUCUGAUUCUAAGACCGUCUUCAGUCCUGAGGCCUUCAAGCCAGGGAACACUCACAAGUGUAGAAUCAUCGACUUCAGUCAAAUGGAUGAACUGGCUGUGCUCUCUCUGCGGACGUCUAUUAUUGAAGCUCAGUAUUUUAGGUAUCAUGACAUUAAACCUGGGGCAUUGGUAAAGGGCACAGUGCUGACCAUAAAACCAUAUGGGAUGUUGGUGAAUGUGGGUGAGCAAAUCAGGGGCCUGGUACCUCCCAUGCACCUGGCUGACAUCCAGAUGAAGAAUCCAGAGAAGAAGUACCACAUUGGGGAUGAAGUUACAUGCCGGGUUUUGCUUUGUGACCCUGAAGCCAAGAAGUUGAUGAUUACCCUGAAGAAAACCCUGGUUGAGUCCAAACUACCUGCCAUUACCUGCUAUGCCGAUGCCAAACCUGGUUUGCAGACACAUGGCUUCAUCCUCCGGGUCAAGGACUAUGGCUGCAUUGUAAAAUUCUACAAUGAUGUGCAGGGACUGGUGCCCAAGCAUGAACUCAGUGCCGAGUAUGUCCCUGACCCAGAGAGGGUCUUUUACGCUGGCCAGGUGGUGAAGGUUGCCGUGCUGAACUGUGAGCCAGCCAGAGAGAGGAUGCUCUUGUCCUUCAAGUUGUUGGGUGAGCCAGAGAAAGAGCGUGCGGGACACAGUCAGAAGAAAAGAAAAGCCGUUAACAUUGGGCAGUUGGUCGAUGUGAAGGUUUUAGAGAAGACCAGAGAUGGGCUGGAGGUGGCUGUCCUGCCCCACAACAUCCCUGCUUUCCUCCCCACGUCUCAUCUGUCGGACCACGUUGCCAAUGGCCCACUGUUGUAUCACUGGCUCCAGGCUGGUGACACCCUCCAUAGAGUCCUGUGUCUGAGCCAGAGUGAGGGACGCAUUAUCCUUUGCAGGAAGCCUGCUUUGGUCUCCACAAUGGAGGGUGGCCAGGAUCCCAAGAGCUUCUCAGAAAUCCAGCCUGGAAUGCUGCUCAUUGGUUUUGUGAAGAGCAUCAAGGACUACGGUGUGUUCAUCCAGUUCCCCUCAGGUCUUAGUGGACUGGCCCCCAAAGCUGUCAUGAGUGACAAAUUCGUGACCUCUACAAGUGACCACUUUGUUGAGGGGCAGACAGUGGUUGCGAAGGUGACCAACGUGGACGAGGAGAAGCAGCGGAUGCUGCUGUCUUUGCGGCUGUCGGACUGCGCUCUGGGAGACCUGGCUACCACCAGCCUCCUUCUCCUGAGCCAGUGCCUGGAGGAGUGGCAGGGCGUGCGCAGUCUCAUGAGCAACCGAGACUCUGUGUUGAUCCAGACACUGGCCGAGAUGACCCCAGGGAUGGUCCUUGACUUAGAAGUGCAGGAAGUGUUGGAAGAUGGCUCUGUGAUAUUUAGUGAGGGCCCAGUGCCUGGCCUGGUCCUGAGAGCCAGCAAAUAUCAUCGAGCAGGGCAAGAGGUGGAAUCUGGGCAGAAGAAGAAGGCUGUGAUCUUAAAUGUUGACAUGUUGAAGUUGGAAGUGCAUGUUUCUCUUUGCCACAAUUUGGUGAAUAGAAAAGCUAAAAAGCUGAAGAAAGGCAGUGAGCACCAGGCGAUCGUGCAGCACUUGGAGGAGUCCUUUGCUAUUGCCUCCUUGGUAGAGACUGGCCACCUGGCAGCUUUCUCCCUGACUUCUCACCUCAAUGACACCUUCCGCUUUGACUCGGAGAAGUUGCAGGUGGGACAGGGCGUCUCCCUAACCCUCAAGACCACAGAACCGGGAGUGACUGGUCUUCUUUUGGCUGUUGAGGGGCCAGCUGCUAAGAGGACCAUGAGACGGACUCAGAAGGACUCUGAGACAGUCGAUGAGGAUGAUGAAGCGGAUCCAGCAAUGGUUGUAGGGACUCUAAAGAAGCACACUCUGUCUAUUGGGGACAUGGUCACAGGGACUGUCAAGUCCGUUAAGCCUACCCAUGUGGUCGUGACCCUGAAAGAUGGCAUCAUUGGCUGUAUCCAUGCCUCCCACAUCCUAGAUGAUGUUCCAGUGGGCACGUGUCCUACUGCCAAGCUGAAAGUUGGGAAGACGGUCACUGCCCGAGUGAUUGGUGGGCGAGACAUGAAGACAUUCAAGUUUCUCCCAAUAAGUCAUCCCAGGUUUAUUCGAACCAUCCCGGAGCUGAGUGUUCGGCCAAGUGAGCUGGAGAAGGAUGGCCACACUGCUCUCAACACUCAUUCCGUUAGCCCUUCAGAGAAGAUUAAACAGUACCAGGCUGGUCAGACAGUGACUUGCUUCUUGAAGAAGUACAACGUGGUUAAGAAAUGGCUCGAAGUAGAGGUUGCUCCAGACAUCCGGGGGAGAAUUCCCAUAUUGCUCACUUCUCUGAGCUUCAAGGUUCUGAAACAUCCAGAUAAGAAGUUCCAGAUUGGCCAGGCCCUGAAAGCUACUGUGGUUGGCCCAGAUUCCUCCAAGGCCUUCUUGUGUCUCUCACUCAUAGGUCCUCACAAGCUUGAAAAAGGGGAAGUGGCCAUGGGCCGAGUUGUGAAGGUGACUCCCAAGAAGGGGCUGACUGUCUCCUUUCCCUUUGGGAAAAUCGGAACCCAGGUCUCACGUCUCCUUGCUCUUGCCUGUUGGUCAGCCUUGUGGAGAGGAAGCCAAGGCCCUUUGCUGUCUCCUGAGAUGCUGAAAAGUCAGUGUUUCUUUCUCUUUUGCUGUCAUUCCAGGUGUUACGUCCUAUCCACUGCAGGUCAUGUUUUGACUUUGUCACUGCGAUCAUCCAGGACAAACCCAGAGACAAAAAGCAAAAUACCAGAUCCUGAGAUUAACUCCAUCCAGGACAUCGAGGAAGGGCAGCUCCUGAGGGGCUAUGUGAAGUCCGUUGAGCCGCAUGGCGUGCUCCUUGGCCUUGGCCCCUCAGUUGUGGGUUUGGCCCAGUACCCGCAUGUCUCCCAGUACAGCCCAUCCAAGAAAACCCUUUAUAACAGACACCUCCCUGAAGGGAAGCUGCUCACAGCCAAGGUACUGAGUGUGAGCCACCAGAAGAACCUGGUGGAGCUAUCGUUCCUCCCUGGCGACACGGGGAGGCCGGACGUGUUUCCUGCCUCCCUAGGACUACCACUUCUAAAGCAAGACGAGAGGCAACUAGAGGCAGAGGAGAGAGACCACAAAGGGGAAAAGAAGGAGCAGAAGAAGAACCAGCCAAGGAAAGAGAAGAAGAACCAGAAGGGACAGGAGGAGGAGCCACUGCCCAGCAAGGAGAAGAGCGAGCCCCAGAAACCACGAGCGAGGAAGCAGGGCAAGCGGCCACGGCCGGAGUCUGGAAAGGAGCAGGAAAGAAUGAAGAAGCAAAAGAAAGCUGCUCCAUCAGAGGAGGAUGACAGUGGCGUCGAGGUGUAUUAUCGGGAAGGAGAAGAGGAGACAGAGACGAGGGUGCUGCUCGCGGAGAAGCAGACCAGGCCAGCAGAAGUGCCCCGGCUAAAGCUGUCAUCCGGCUUUGUUUGGGACGUUGGGCUAGACUCUCUGACCCCGGCCUUGCCACCUCGAGGAGAGAGCUCAGACAGCGAGGAGGACGAGAAGUCACAGCAAGCCACGAAGAAGAAAAGCAAGAAGGAAAGGGAGUUGGAGAAGCAGAAGGCAGAGAAAGAGCUGUCUCGCAUCGAGGAGGCGCUGAUGGAUCCCAAACGACAGCCAGAGUCAGCAGACGAUUUUGACAGACUUGUGCUGAGCUCCCCAAAUAGCUCCAUCCUGUGGUUGCAGUACAUGGCCUUCCACCUGCAGGCCACGGAGAUCGAGAAAGCCCGGGCUGUGGCUGAGCGGGCUCUCAAGACCAUCUCUUUCAGAGAGGAGCAGGAGAAGCUGAACGUGUGGGUGGCACUGCUGAAUCUAGAAAACAUGUACGGCUCUCAGGAGUCACUGACCAAGGUCUUCGAGCGGGCCGUGCAGUACAACGAGCCUCUCAAGGUCUUUCUCCAACUGGCUGACAUCUACACCAAGUCAGAGAAAUUUCAGGAAGCUAGUGAACUCUACAACCGGAUGCUGAAGCGUUUCCGGCAGGAGAAAACUGUCUGGAUCAAAUAUGGUGCCUUCCUCCUGCGUAGGGGCCAGGCUGAGGCCAGUCACCGUGUGAUGCAGCGAGCCCUCGAGUGCCUGCCUAAUAAAGAGCAUGUGGAUGUAAUAGCCAAGUUUGCCCAACUCGAGUUCCAGCUGGGGGAUGCAGAGCGGGCCAAAGCCCUUUUUGAGAACACACUGAGCAUCUACCCAAAGCGCACGGAUGUCUGGUCCGUCUACAUCGACAUGACCAUUAAGCAUGGCAGCCAGAAGGAAGUCCGGGACAUCUUCGAGCGGGUCAUUCACCUGAGUCUGGCUCCCAAACGAAUGAAAUUCUUCUUCAAGCGCUACUUGGACUAUGAGAAACAACAUGGCACUGAGAAGGACGUGCAGUCAGUGAAGGCGAAGGCCCUGGAGUACGUGGAGGCUAAGAGCUCCGUGUUGGAGGACUAGUGGUGGCUGGCUCCGGACAGCCACUGUCAGCAGUGGGCCGGCUCAAUCAAACCUCAGGCACUUGGGCAGUUGAAAACUGUGUUGCCUGAGGACUCUAUUUAAGUGCUGCUUUUUCUGCAGUACCUGGGGGGUAAUCCUGUUAGGAUAAAAAGAAUUCAAGAUUUCUUAUAA